ACGCGGCAUCAUUUUGGCGGCCAUCAUAACGCAAACAUAAACCCGAGGAAGAAACGCGAGCCAAAACGCUUGGUUAUUAAUGUUUUAACAAACAAAGCGCGAGCACAACAUUUAUCAAAGCGACUAACGAAACGACUUGAAAAUGUCUUCAGGCGCUGCGCGAGUUUACAUUCAAGUUGAGAGUGAGGCCGAACAACAGGAGCAUCUGAAGCAACAACGCAAAACUCUAAAGCCUUUGCAGGCAAACGCCAACGAUAAGGAGAAUCUCACGGGAUCUGGUCGCGUUUCCAUUGUGGAUCAGCUCAGUCGCUUGAAAGCUGGCGUGAAUGUAGCGCCAAAGUAUGGUAAACGCAAAUGCGUUGACUCUGGUUCAACAACCACAACAAUAGCCACGCAGGACGCUGACACACAAACUGAAGCUGAAGUUAACGAAGCUGAUAAGCCAAUCACCGCUGAAGAUUUAACCAGCCAAUGUGAGCCUGGCGAGAACUACUACAAACUGCUGGCAGAGCAGCGUCGCUCUGCACUAGAAAACACUCUGAACGAGAAUCGCCAUUUGCACGAGCGAAUCGAGGGACUGGAGGAGGAGAUCAACAUAAUGCGUAAAGAACUCGACGAGGCCAACAAUCUGGUUGAAGUACUGAAGGAAAUAUGCGAAGCAGAUGAUGGCGACGAUAAGUCGGAGAAAACGGAGGAACAAGAAUAGUUUAUAAUGUUGAUGAUGCUAGAAUGCUGUUUACCAAUAAAUACAGUUAUAUGUUUGUACUUUUAGCAUUAUACAUAUAUUAUUAAUAUUAUAUUAUGCAAUUAGUUGUAAUCAAGAAUCCAUUUUGAAUUUUCUUAACUUAUUUUAUUAUAUGCAAGAUGUAUGUACGCCAGCAAUAAAUAUUCACAAGUAAAA